CACAGAACCGCAUAGAAAAAUUUCAUUCACCCAUUUAUGUUCAACAGGCUAAAUUAUCUAUUUAGAAUCCUUGCACAACAAGAAGAUAUAAUAGAGAAGCUAUCAAGGUCAUAUCUCAUAAGACGCGCUGCUCAACUAUCGGUUUAUGCUCUUUUAAGAUGUAAGGAGAUUGGUCAAGAAAAUAUUAAAGCGAUAACUAAAUCAUUUGAAUCAAGGAAUACCCCAAAGAAGUUUUAGAUGGACAAAAAACUUGUAAUUAUAGCAGGAGGUACUGGAUUUAUAGGCUCACAUUUAAAUCAGGCCUUACAUAAUAAUGGAUUUAAAACAAAAUUAAUUAGCAGAUAUAAUAACAAAGGAAAUGUUAAAAAUAUAACAUGGGAAGAGAUCAAAUCAGGAGACCUCCCUAAGUGUCAUGCAAUUAUUGGUCUUCAAGGGCAAAAUAUUAUGGAUUUUACCAAGCGAUGGUCAGAAUCUUUUCAGAAUAAAUUAUGGGAAAGUAGAGUCAAUACAACUAGGCUCCUAAAGAAUGCCAUCAACAAAAGUAAAUGCACCAAAUUAUUUGUUUCUUCUUCAGCACUUAGUUUUUAUCCACCACAUCCUUCCAAAAUUUACGAUGAAACUUUUAUCCCAGAUAUAUUUGAUCAGAAUUUUAAACAAUUCCCUAAAGGAGAAGAAGUUCUUUUUUUAACAAAGCUUUGCCAAGAAUGGGAAAGGGCAGCUAUUGAUGAUCCUUCUCAAAUUAAAAUUCCUCACAAUGACUUAAGAACAAUCAUAAUCCGCACAGGUCUUGUUUUGGGAAAGGACGGGUUUAUGAUGAAAAAAAUGUUGCCGGCCUUCAAAUUUUAUCUGGGUAACAAAGCUAUCGGUUCUGGCGAGCAAUGGAUGUCCUGGAUACAUAUAAGCGAUAUAGUGGGUAUAAUGCUGAAAUGCGUUAUAGAUAUGCACCCCGAUAACAACCUAAACAUUAUCCGAAAAAAAUCGGAUACAGAUUUGAAAGUAGGAUAUUCAUCCGCUAGUGACGCUGCUUUCGCUAAACCUUCAGAUUCGAAUUCCUCAGAAUACAUUUUGAAAUCCAAACCGAAAAACAAAUCAAAUUUAAGAAGUACCGAAUUAUACGAGAAAAACGAAACUUCUACUGUCAAUUUUGAAGAAAGAAAACCCAACACUCAUCUCGAUCAUGCUACCUCGAAUACAAUUGACACCAACUUGCUAAUAUUCAAUGGAACAUCGCCUAACCCUUCCAAAAAUAGGGAUUUUCAUGCAACCUUAGCCAAUGUAUUACACAAGCCAUUAUGGUUUCCUCCGAUACCCGAAUCGAUUUUAUCGUUGAUGUUAGGUCCAGUUAUGGCUCAACUUCUGACUAAAGGGCAAAAAGUUAUACCGAGAAAUACGAUCGAUAUUUUGAAAUACCAGUUUAAAUAUCCCAAACUUCGGCAGGCUUUCGAGGAAAUGUGCCAUAGCGAAAAAUGAAUUGAAAUAAGAGAAAGCAAUUAUAUAAGUUCUUAAAAAAAUAUAUUCAAAAUUGUGAAAAAAAAUACUAAGAUGAUAUAUUGACUUUUACUCUUCAUAAUUAUGUGUUUCCUAAGUUUUAUUAUAAAUUCGCAUCGCGUGACUAUUUUUAGUGUAUUUAAAUAGGCUUGCUAUAGGAGAGUUAUAAUUAUUUCUUUUCACAAUAU